AUGAAUCAACUGUCGGACGAUAAAGUCCAGAAUUUAAAGUGCAGUCAGAUAGGCACGAAUGUGAGAAACAAAAGUAAAAAGGCCAAAGAUCCUUCUGAGAGUUCGGGUGAUAUAAGUAUAUCUAAUCAAGAGAAUUUACCUGACACUUUAGCCAAAACUCUUCAUAUUAAUAACGUCAAUAGUACCUUAACCAAUGGGAGAAGUGAUCAUUCAAACGGCAGUCCCGAAGACUUGAAGGAUAGUUCGGGAGCACAAGAUGACACAACGAGCGAGAUCCUUGAGGAUGUAAAUAGUGUACAGUGUAGUGAUGCAACAAGUAAACGAGAGUGUAGUAAAGAUAUGCCUGAUCAGAAUGGUGAGACAUGUAUCAUUGAUGAUGCUUUGCAAAAUCUCGAAAAUACAAUAAGUAGUGAGGAUCAUGAACCUCAAGAUGAAAUAAAAAUAAUUUCGUACGAGUCUGAGCUACAGAUGCCAGAGAUUAUGAGACUUAUACAAAAAGAUUUGUCAGAACCCUACUCCAUCUAUACAUAUAGAUAUUUUAUUCACAAUUGGCCUAAGCUUUGCUUCUUGGCAACCCAUGAAGGGAAGUAUAUUGGUGCCAUUGUUUGUAAGUUAGAUAUGCAUCGCAAUGUAGUCAAAAGGGGCUACAUUGCUAUGUUAGCAGUUGAUGAAAAAUAUAGGAAGAGAAAGAUUGGUUCUAGGCUCGUUCGGAAAGCAAUACAGGCAAUGAUUAAUGAUAAUGCUGAUGAAGUAGUAUUAGAAACAGAAAUCACAAAUAAACCAGCACUGAAGCUUUAUGAAAACCUUGGUUUUGUGCGAGACAAACGCUUAUUUCGAUAUUAUCUUAAUGGUGUAGAUGCAUUGCGAUUGAAGCUGUGGCUUAGGUGA